ACGUACGCAGGCAUUUUGCUCAAGAUCCGCACCGAGUUCAACAAGCAUUUUGACACGGCGUACGUCGAGCCGUCCGAUGACGUCGGCGCCCCCUUGGAUGUCUACCUCGCGCGAACCGAAAACCAAGCGCUCAAGCAGCUCUGCGUCGAGCUCCAGAACGAAGUCGACCAGCUACGGCACGUGCUUCGCUUUGAGCCGCUCGGCAAA